AUGGGAGGCUCAAAGCAACCCCUGCCCAGGAACUGGCCAGAGGGUUUCCCUUACCUCACCUCACCAGCAUACUCCCCAUCCCUCACAAAGCCCCAGCUGCAGUCCUGCCGCACCAAGCCACCCGCCACCGACGAGGUGCUCCGCGAGAUCCCUCGCGACCUCAAACUGGGGCCCUGCUCACUAGUCAAGAUCACGCCCAUAAACGACCCCAGCCACCCAGCCUGCGGGCAGUCCGGCCUCUUGGCCGCCCGGCCCCUGCCACCCGGCAGCCUGAUCUUACCUUAUCUGGGCGAGUACCACCCGGCCGACUCGGCGGCGCACGCGACCUCGGACUACGACCUGUGGCUGGACCGGGACGCGGAGGUCGCGGUCGAUGCCGCCAGGAUGGGCAACGAGGCCAGGUUCGUGAACGACUAUCGCGGCGUGCCCGGGGCCGUGAAGCCCAACGCCGAGUUCUGUGAGGUCUGGGACCUCAGGAGGGGAGAGAAGGGGAUGGCUGUGUUUGUCUUGCCGGUGGGUAAGAAGGCCAAGGGUAAGGGUGGCGGCAUUGCGAAAGGGGAGGAGAUCUUGAUCAGCUACGGGAAGGGAUUCUGGGGCGAGAGGAAGGGGGAGGUUGAUGAGGGCGAGGGUGAAGGUGAGGGGCUACCAUGA